AUGACGUUUAGUGAGGUUAGUUGAAAAGUUGAAAUCGUACUUUAGGAGCACUGUGAACAAUGGCAAACGGAAUAUCUCCUACUUUGGCUAUUCGCUCAUCUACCGGAGUUGAGGUAUGGAAGUCGGAGGGAUUCAAGGCUCCGUAUGUUCCGGACACCGGAUUUGCUCGGGAUGAGAGCAAAUUAUGUCGUGCUAUUGUUUAUAGUCCUAAUGGUCGAUUUCUAGCAUGGGCCAACGGCACCACGGUUCAGAUCUGUACGGCUACCAACUGGAAAGUUUUGCACAAACUCCCGCGGCCAAAAGCUUUCUGCCUCAAAUUCUCACCCCGAAGCACCUAUUUGAUGACGUGGGAAAUCUACACAGAAAACUCAAAGGACGAGGUUAAAGAGAAGCCGAAUUUAUUCCUAUACGAUGUGGCCAGCGGACGAGAAGUGUUUUCAACAAUCCAAAAGCGUCAUGCUGAUUGGGAGAUGCAUUGGGCAGCGGACGAGAGUCUUGCUGCUUUGAUGGUCGGUGGUGAGGUGUUGUUCUAUGAGGUAAAACCAGAUGACGAUUUUCCUACGAAGCCUACCAAACGUCUUGGAGGAGCAAGGAAUGGAGGAGUUUCGGUGUCUCCUGGUCCAAGCCCACCGUAUGUAGCAUUCUACGUACCGGGUACAAAAGGAGCACCGUCAAUGUGUCGUCUUUUCCGCUAUCCAAAUCUGGAAGCAAAUCAACCAGUUGCAUCUAAAAGCUUUUUUCAGGCUGAUAAGGUUGAAAUGCUGUGGAAUCAAAAAGGUACCGGAGUAUUAUUGCUUACUAGUACAGAUGUCGAUCAAACUGGUGUAUCUUACUACGGAAAACAAGCGCUACAUUUCAUGACUGUCAAAGGAGACUCGUUUGCCGUUCAGCUCAAUACCGAAGGAUCGUUACAUGCCGUUGCAUGGAGCCCACGUUCAACUGAAUUCUGCGUUGUAUAUGGCUUCAUGCCGGCGAAAGCGACGUUGUUCAACUUGAAAUGCGACGUCGUUUUCGAUUUUGGAACCGGAAAUCGAAACUCCAUCUAUUACAAUGAAUUUGGCAAUCUGUUGGUGUUUGGUGGUUUUGGAAACUUACCGGGCUAUAUUGAAGUCUGGGAUCUAAACCAAAAGAAGCAGAUUACUGAGCUCAAAGCUCCUGAUACAACGUUACUUGAAUGGAAUCCAGUUGGAGACGUAUUCUUAACGGCGACGACUGCUCCAAGACUACGAAUGUCUAAUGGUUUCAAAAUCUGGCACCACACUGGCGCUUUGUUGCAUGAAACGCAUUGGCCUGAGAAGCAGGAACUGCUAGAAAUUAUCUGGCAAAAAUAUGCUCCAGGAACAUUAAAGGAAAACAAAGUAUCAAACGAAAAGAUUGAAGGCAUUGCAUCCAAAACACCUCAAGCUAGUAAGCAAAAGUAUGUGCCACCAGGAAUGCGUAAUAGUCUGAGCGCUGGCAGUGGGGAAACGGCUACGGCUGCUGCAACUGCACGAGCGCCUAUUCCGGGUCUUCCACCUGGUUACCGCUCCUCUGUACAACAGGCCAAGGACAAGAAACAGAAAAAUAAGAAUAAACCCAAACCCAACGAUGGAGCUGUCAGCCAAGGUAACAAUAUCAGAACAACUAAUGGACAACAGAACAACCGUGUCGUAUCUGCUGGAGCAAACAGUACGGCUGGCGGAAAUCUGGAGAAGAAAAGUCGUCCAAAAACAGUUCCGAAUCCGAAUCUGAAUUCAAUGGUCCAGGAAGAAACCAUAUCUUCGCAAGCUACACCAAAACAGGUUCAGAAAGGAAGCGGAGAUCCAGAAAAAGACAAAAAGAUUAAAACGAUUAACAAAAAACUAAAGGACAUCAAACUAUUGAAGGAGAAAAAUGAACGAGGCGAGAAACUUGAACAAACACAAAUUAUCAAGAUGAAUUCAGAAACCGAUCUUCUACAGGAAUUGAAAGCUUUGAAAACAUCGUAAACAUCCUUCCUUAUUUUCUUCUUUUCUCCUUGCAUAGCUGCAUCAACAUUCUUUUAAGAUUCAAGAACCAUUGAAUUUUUCAAAACACCCCAAACUUCAGCUAUACUUUCCUGAUACCACCUUAAUCAAAGUAAACAAAAAACUCAGAUUCCAACCAACUCCGUUAAAACCAAUCGAUUACAAAUAAACUUCAUUUCUAUGCAGUUUAGGCUAGUUUUCACUUAUUUUUUUUAUUGUUCAAGAAAUCAUAAAUUUCACAGUACCUUUCACAGGACAGAUUAAAACAAUAUUUGUGGAAAUUAUGACAAGCCGCAUAGAUUUGAAUACUGUUUGUAUAUAUUUGUGAUCGAAUGAAGAAAACUUGAUCUAACAUUGCUAAAAUCUGACGGGAAGAGAGUAUGUUUCUAAACAAUGAUGAAAAUGGCAUCGAAAAGUUUUGCAUAGUGCUAGUGUGAACUGCUGAAUUAUGUUGCUUUUCUGCUUAGAAACGGUUGCCUUUUAGAUUUAUUUAUUGGUUACCAAAUGCGUUCUAUUAUUGCAUAGUACACAAAAAGAAUCAGUUUCAGGUUGAUGAAAAAUAAACGAAAAGGAAAGACUUGGAAGACCUGCUUAAAUAUAUGAGAACAUAAAUCAUAAUUGAUAAUACCAUCAGCAACAUAACUACAAUUUUGACCAAUAAAAUCAUUCGAGUUGGAAACAAGGAA